AUGUUGAGGCCCGUUCUGUCCACCACAGCGCUCUCGUCCUCUGCUGUGGCACCAGCCACCCUCAACCACCUGCAGAACCUGGAAGAAUACUUGAAAAAUGAAGACUCUGCGUUCAGUGGGGAAGUUGUGCAGUGUCUUGAGGGUACUAUUCCUGCUAUUAAGAAAUUGGAAGAAAUUCGAAGACAUACUCUUGAAUGCUUAGAAGAGGAGACUAUAAAAAACAGCAACCUUCGCUUCAGAAUGCAAAAAUUUCCAGGAGAGAUUAUUGCAGAGAUGACAGCUCUUGUUACUGCUGCGCGUGAAUCUUGUGCUGCUAAGAUAAAUCAGUUGCAGUCUGCAUUGAAAAGCACUGCUGAUGAAAUUGAAUUACUGGAUGAGAAGCGAAUCCUUUGUGAAAGACAGAAUGCUGCACUGUGUGAGGAACAAGAAUACUUGCGGAUACAGUAUAAAGAACGAGUAGACUUGCUGGAUGAAAAGAUGGCAAUGAAAGCUAACACAAAUGUUCUCUUAAUUGAGGUCUGUGAUAAAACAAGAGAUACAGAAAGAGAAAUAAUCAGGACAAAGGCAGCACUAGAAGAAUUGAAAGAAAGAAUAGCUCAAAAAAUGAGCAAGCUUGAGAAAGAGAAAGAAGAAUUGGAUAAAAAGAACAGAGAAAUGAAAAAAAUUCUUGAUAUUCAGGAGGCAAACACUUCCAAGAAAAAGCAUGAAUUUGAAACCUUAAACAUAAAAUUUUUGGACCUACAGCAUUUGAUAAGUCUGAAUUCAACGGCUAUAUUUAAUGAGGAAAUUCUCAUAGCAAAACUGAAAGAAAAAAGCGAACAACUGGAAAAAACACUGGAAUUUAAAAAGACAAACAUGCUGGCUCUCUCAGAAAAGAAGUAAGCAUUGGCUUUGUUUAAUAGAAUUCAACUUGAUUCUGAGUUAUUGCUUUUACAAUCAAAAAUUGCCAAAGAAAAGGAGGAUUUUGAUAAGGAACUUGAAAAGACUAAGGAAUAUCUACACAAUGCUAAAUGCCUGAAUAAAAAACUUAAAUUAGAAAAUAAACCUGCGUACCGGAAGUAUGAACAAGUGCUGGAAGAAGAGCAAAGCUGGGCUACAAAAAAGGAUGAGAUGGUGGCAAAAUUGGGAAAAAUAUCUGGUUUGUUUGAUGACAUGCUUGAAUUUCUGGCAAAUCAUAUGAUGGAAAAUAAAAACCUACAGAAAAAAGUCGGAAAUCUUGAAGACAGCCUACUAAAUAUCAGGGAGAAGUAUGCAAAAGAGCUGGCAUCUCUAGAGCAAGAUUUGAAGAUGGAAAAUGAGAAAAGAGUAAUGCUUCAGUGGAAGCUACUGUACUUAGGAAAGCAGACAAAACUCUUGUUCUCAGAAGAGGAGAAUGUAAACAGAAAAUUAAAUGAAAGAAUAGAAGCUGGCAAAAAAAGGCAAGCUGGACUACUUAUGGAGAUUGAAGACCUUGAGAGAAAGCUUACUCAGUCUGAAAAUGAAGUCAAAGCCCUGAGUGAAGAAGCAAGUAAGAAGGAAAAUGAUUACAGGAAUUAUAAUGAGGAUUUUAGUAACAAAAUGAAAUAUCUGGAGAAUGACAUCAAAUCUGCAACUGAAUAUCUACUUAAAAAAGAAGAAGAACUAAACAUAAGCAGGCUAACCUUGGAAGAAACCCAGAGGGAAAGAGAAGAGGAGUUUACAAAAUAUGAAGAACUGAAGAAAUCAUUUUUACAAAAGAAAGAUGAAGAGCUACAAAUCCAAAGAGCUAUUCAGCAGUCCAUCGAAACUACCGGGAAGCUCAAGGAGAACAAGCUGGAGCUGAGGAACAAAUUGCGGAUCAAGCGUGAUGCUGUGAUUGACCAAUUGAAAAAUCAUACAGAGAGUAUGAAGCUGCUAGAACGAGACAUCUAUGAGAUCAACAGGAAACUCGACAUUGUGAUCACCGAGAACUGCAGACUCCAAUUAUGCAACGAGCAGAUAAAAGAAGAAAUUUUUGCAAUGAAUGCUGAAGCAGAAAACCACAAGUCAGCAACAGUCAAAAUCCUGAAUGACCUAACAGUGCUUCAUGAUCUCCUUCUGAAGGGAUGGUCAGAGGAGAACUUUAUUCAAAAGGAAUUUCUGAAAAAUGAGCAGGAAAUACUGAACGAAGUGACAGCUCUAAUGACAAAAAUUCAACAGCGAAAGGAGAAGAUUGGUGAUAUUAAUAGCAGGCUACAGAAUAAGCUCGGAGAACUGGAUUCUCUGAUUCUCAAAAAAUCUAGAAUGGAUGCUCACUGUUUUGCUGAAGGCUAAAGCACUGGAGGAGGCUAAAGCACCGGAGCCCCCGCAG